AUGAGCUGCCAAGCCUUUGCUUCCUCAGACACCUUUGUGCCCUUGAAUUCUGACUCUUCUCCCUCUCUGCCUCUGAUAAUGCAUCACAGCGCUGCAGAGUGCCUGCAGGUCUCCAACCAUGCCACCAAUGUUGUGUCUACAGUGCCAUCUGUUUUCUCUUUGCUCCCGACUCGUGCGUGCUCGCGCGUUGGCUUUGCCGCGGUGACACCGGGACGCCCUUGGCCAGGCCUUCACUACUCCGUGCCCUCCUGCCACUAUGGGAAUCAGCCUUCCACCUAUGGGGUGAUGGCAGGCAUCAAGCCUGCAACUCCAGAGAUGCUCUCAGCAAGUCUCUCCCAGACUCGCAUCUUACAGACGUGCAGCAUGCCCCACCCCAACGUGGUAAAUGGUGUCAGCACCUUGCAAAGUGGUCUGACCCCCUGCCUGUACAAGUUCCCCGAGCACGCUCUGAGUGCCAGCCCCUGUGCCCUGGGCCACGGCUUCGCGCCCGUGCCCCAGCCCCUGCUCACGGACGACCCCUCCGCCACCGACUUCAAGCAGGAGUUCCGCAGGAAAAGCAAGUCUGUGGAGGAGCCUGUGGACAUGGACUCCCCCGAAAUCAGGGAGCUGGAGAAAUUCGCCAACGAGUUUAAGCUGCGGAGAAUCAAGCUGGGUUAUACACAAACCAACGUUGGAGAAGCGCUGGCUGCUGUGCAUGGCUCUGAGUUCAGCCAGACGACGAUUUGCCGGUUUGAGAACUUGCAGCUGAGCUUCAAGAACGCCUGCAAACUGAAAUCCAUCCUGUCCAAGUGGCUGGAGGAAGCUGAACAAGUGGGAGCUUUGUACAAUGAAAAAGUUGGAGUGAAUGAACGCAAGAGGAAGCGCAGAACCACCAUAAGCAUUGCUGCAAAAGAAGCCCUAGAGAGGCACUUUGGAGAACAAAGCAAGCCCUCUUCUCAGGAAAUUAUGAGGAUGGCUGAGGGGCUCAAUCUUGAGAAAGAAGUCGUGAGAGUUUGGUUUUGCAACAGAAGACAAAGGGAAAAAAGAGUGAAGACCAGUUUACACCAGAAUGCCUUCAGUUCUAUUAUCAAGGAGCACCAUGAAUGCCGGUGAAGCUUUUCCACGUACAGGUGUGGAUUUCUGUUUUGUUUCUU